GCCCAAUUCUCGUUGUCCCCGUCAGGCCGUCACCUUUCCCCAUCGCGUCAUCGCCGAUCCCACCCAUUGCGGUUCGCGGCAUUGCCCACAUUUUUGUUCCUCCGCCCGUAGGCCGUAGGCCACAUCCCCGCCACCCAUCGCCUUGCUCCCGCACGCUUCCAGUGAUCCCGUCGCUGUCACCGUCUCCUUGUUCGCUACUGCCACUGGCCUACGCAAAACCAGCAGCCGUGCUGGCUAGCUCGCCGGCGCUGACCGGCGACGGCGGCCGGCUCGGGCGUUCGUUCGUUUCGUCCGUUCCGUUCCUCCGGCCCUCCUCCCCCGCCGCGGGACGGCCGCGGGGGGCCGCCGGCCUCGUGCUUUUUGCGCGUGGUUGGAGUGGUUGAGCCGAUGGCGACGAUCCCGGGCGGCGUGGCGCGAUGACGGAAACCAUUUUAAUACCCGCCCCUGCAGCUGAGACCUGACAAGCUAAUCAGAUUUUAGGUGGUUACCUGUGUCUCCCGCCUCGCCUCGCCUCCCACCCCUCGCGCUUCGCCGCGACGCCUCUUUUCCGCCCGCCCGGCGCCCAGGAUAUAGUUCCCGCUCUGGCCGCUUGCGCUUGUAUCUUCCUCCUCGUCCCAGGCCUUUCGGUUUGGGUUGAGCGAAUUCAGCCACGAAGCGAGUGAGUGGCCGGAGGGGCAGCGGCGCUUGGUAACGGAACUCGCUCGCUUUCCAGGGGCCAGGCGACGACCGCCGCCUCGGCACUUUUCUAUUCGAGGUUCCGGGUCAGACAUUGGUUGCAGAUAGCCCAGCCAGCAGCCAGCCGCGGGGCGGGAUCGUCUUGUGUCAGCGCGGAGUCCACGGCGAUUAGUGGUUGAGCUAACCGGUGGCCUGCUGUGCUAGUUACUGACCAAGCUGCUUCGUCUGUGCCAUGGCGAAGCGCGGCUCGUGCUGAUUGAUAUCUGGAGCUGCGCCUGCGCGAGCUGCCUCACGGCGAUCGAGUCGGGGGGCGAGCAGGCGUCAUGGCGGUGGAGCACGGGGAGGGCGUCGGCCGGUGCAUACUGGUGGGGCUGCACAUGGACGCCGUCGGCAGGGACCUGCUCCGGUGGGCGCUCAACAAGGCGGCGAGAAGGGGGGACCGCGUCGUCGCCGUGCACAUUUACCGCAAGUCAGACUUGUGCAGGACGAACACUCUGAGGCUGAUCAGGACGCUGGACGACUACCUGGCGGAGUACGAGUCCCUCUGCAGCCAGAAAGAGAUCGUUCUUGUCGGGCGGGCGACGCCGGGGAGCUCGAUCCAGAAGGAGCUGGUGAAGGAGGCCAAGCUCUGCGCCGCCAUGGUCGUGGUGCUUGGCGCCAACAAGAAGUACUCCUUCGGAGGGUCGACUUCCCUGGCCAAGUACUGCGCCAAGAAGCUGCCGCCGACGACCACCGUCGUCGCCAUCCAGAACGGCAAGCCCGUCUUCGUCCGGGAGGCCCCCAAGCCGCCUCUUGGAGCAGAGCCGAAGCCGGUGUUGCGCACGGUGCUGCACCCGAGCGUGGGGCUGGAGCCCAAGGUGAUCAUCCCCAACCCGAACCGGAGCGCGCGGUCCAUGGACUUCGACGCCGAGGGAUGCGGUCACGCGGCCGCGGCCGCACCAGCGACGAAGUCCUUCGACGACGCCACCACGGCCUCCGGCGGCGUGACGCUAGAGCAGAGGCUCGGGUGGCCGCUGCUCCGCCGCGAGCACGCCGCCGCCGCUGCGGUGGCCGUCCCCGCGCCCAGCGCUGCCAAGGACCAUGAGCCGCGGAAGCAGUCGGUGGUGCAGUGGGUGAUGAGCCUGCCCCGGCGGACCGCGCCGACGGAGUCCCCGGGGACGCACGCAGGGGCGGGCCUCGCGUCGGAGCUCAAGGCAAUGCUCGACGGCGGCGGCGCGCGGUGCCGGUGGUUCCGCUACGAGGAGCUCUACGACUACACCAACCACUUCUCCGCAGAGAACCUGAUCGGGAACGGCGGGAACAGCCGGGUGUACAGGGGCAGCCUCGCCUGCGGGCAGCAGGUGGCGAUCAAGCUGUCCAAGGCGUCGGCGGAGGCGUCCAAGGACUUCCUCCGGGAGGUGGACAUCAUCACCAAGCUCCAGCACCACCGGAUCGUCCCGCUGAUCGGCGUCUGCGUGGAAGGACCCAACCUCAUCUCCGUCUACAGCUACCUCCCCCGAGGCAGCCUCGAGGACAACCUCCACGGGGAAAGGUCAAAGCCGGCGCUGUCGUGGGAGAACCGGUACAAGGCGGCGCUGGGGAUCGCGGAAGCCCUGAGCUACGUGCACUCCGGCGGCUCGCGGCCGGUGAUCCACAGGGACGUCAAGUCCUCCAACAUCCUCCUCACGGAGGAGUUCGAGCCCCAGCUUUCGGAUUUCGGGCUUGCAAUCUGGGCGCCGACGAAUCCGACCUCCCUGACGCACAGCGACGUCGUCGGCACGUUCGGGUACCUGGCGCCGGAGUACUUCAUGUACGGGAAGGUGACCGACAAGGUGGACGUGUACGCGUUCGGCGUCGUGCUGCUGGAGCUCCUGUCCGGGCGGAAGCCCAUCAGCGGCGACGGGUCGUCCCCCAAGGGCCAGGAGAGCCUCGUCAUGUGGGCGACUCCGGUGCUUAGCAGCGGCGACAUCUCGGACCUGCUGGACCCGACGCUGGACGUGGAGCACGACGAGGCGGAGAUGAGGCGGAUGGCCACGGCAGCGUGCCUCUGCAUCCGGAGGUCGGCUCGACUCAGGCCGCCGAUAUCGCAGAUACUGAGCAUACUACGAGGCGAGAGCACGGCGAGCAUCGCCGACCAGGGCGGCGCCGCGGAGCUGGACUGCCUGGACGACGAGGCGUACCCGGCGGCGAACGUGAGGUCGCACCUGGGCCUCGCGCUGCUGGACGUGGAGGACUCGGAGUCCAUCUCUAGCACGGAGCACAGCAGCGGCCUCAGCCCGUUGGAGGAGUACCUGCGGGAACGGUGGAGCCGAUCGUCCAGCUUCGACUGAUUGACGACUGCGAUUUUGUGCACAUGUAUUUUUUCGUUUCCCCCCCCGGUAUCUCUCUUGUUUGUCGUUUGGUUUUGUUACCGGGACCGUGUACAGUACAGAAUCAUCAGAGCCACAUUUUCGGCAACAACAAGCUUUCUGGAAGCUUCAGAUCAUA